AUGCUGUUUCAGAGCAGGCAAUAUGCUCGGUCGCUUCGUGUCUACAAGCUCGGAAUUCGUUGCCUCGAGGGUAGUGCCAGCGUCUCCCCCGCAGCCUUUGAGUCACGCCACGAAGCGAGCGCCAACGCCAGGCAACUCUACCUCACCCUGCUCACCAACGCCGCCCUUUGUCUCCUCAAAAUCAAUAUCUCUCCAGAGGGCAUCGCCCCCACCGCUGGCAAAGCACCAAUCAGCACGAGUGGCCUCAUGCGGCCGUGUAUAGCUCUGUGCAAGAAAGCUCUACAGCUAGACCCGCAAAACGCUAAAGCCUGGUACCGCAUGGGUCAAGCCUACGCAGCCCUUGAAGACUACCACGAGGCCAUUUCCGCGGGCGAACGAGCCGUCGAAGCGCUUUCGGUGUCCAAGACCAGCUCUGUAAAGGUGGAGGAGGCCAUCGCCAAGUGGCGCCAGGCCUUAGUUUCCCUGAACCGCGCCGAACACGCGCACAUCCGCUCGGCCUUCCUGCGACGCGCGACGAAACUGCGCCAACAGGGUCUCCUCUUUCCCGACGACGAUGCUGGCGAGGCAAACCGUCUGCGCUUCGGUGAUUGGUCCAACGACAUGGCGAGUGACGUCAUGUCGAUUCACGAGGAGCUGGAGGCAUUUGGUGAACGCAUGCCCGACGCCAGGUCCGUUGUGUCGAGAAAUUCCAGGAAAGGCGGUAAACGCGGUGGUUCGUGUGGUCUGACAACAAUUGACUCCGAGGAUGAAGAGGAGGAGGAGGACGAGUGGGGAAGCACCAAAUGA